GUGACCAGCCUUUCAGAGUCAAGGGUGUCGUGUUUGGAGCCCUGCUGUGAAGUGUUCUUGUCACCUCAGAACCCUUCAGGAGGCAGGAGGGGAAGUCAGACUUGUUGCCAAAGGGGUUCUCUGUGCAAGGUUCUCAAACUUGCUAUCAGGACUGGGUGGUAGAGUACAGUAAAGGGGUCGUCUCCUUCCUGUAGCCUUAUACAUAUUUGGGAGGUGUGAGAGUCAGGUGGCCCUGGUUUCUAAACUUCUGUCCUCUGUCCACCACCAGGCCUGCCUGGGUCGCAGAAGAAACUCUAGUCAGUUGGAGCUGUGCUAAGUCUGUCUCACUGCAGCAGGGUCUCCUGCGUGUGUGCUCUGUGCCCAGCUUGGGACAUACUAGGUGCCAUAUGAGCCGGAGCCACAGUGCCUCUGCUCAGCAAGGAUUUUGACUGUUUCUGAAGCUGUACUGUUGUGAUGCAGCCUCUGCCCUUCUGUCAAGACUUGGGGUGCUAGGUGGACCAAGGAGCUGACUGUGAAAGCCACAUUCCCUAAUGUGUCUGCCAUCACUGAAAUGUCCUGGGGUGAUCCAGAGAGAGUCUGAUGAGCGAGAGCCAAAAACCUUUGCAGUAUGUAGCCAUUACUCUUAAAAGUGGCUUUUAAGAGAUGGCUCUUAAAAGUGAUUUUUGGCCCAGCACGGUGGCUUAUGCCUGUAAUCCCAGCACUUUGGGAAGCCAAGCUGGGCGGAUUACAUGAGGUCAGGAGUUGACCAGCCUGGCCAACAUAUAGUGAAACCCUAUCUCUACUGAAAAAUACAAAAAUUAGUUGGGUGUGGUAGCGCACACGUUGUAGUCCCAGCUACUUGGGAAGUUGAGGCAGGAGAAUUGCCUGAACCUGGGAGGCAGAGGUUGCAGUGAGCCAAGAUCGGGGCACUGCACUCCAGCCUGGGUGACAGAGCAAGACUUCGUCUCUAAAAAAAAUAAUAAAAUAAAAUAUAUAAUAAAAUAAUUGGCUGGGUGCGGUGGCUCACACUUGUAAUCCAAGCAUUUUGGGAGGCCGAGGCAGGCUGAUUGCUUGAGCUCAGGGGUUCAAGACUAGCCUAGGCAACAGGGCAUAUCCCCAUCUCUGAACUACCCAGGUGUGGUGGCACUCACCUAUGGUCCCAGCUAUUCAGGGGGCUAAGGUGGGAGGAUGGCUUGAGCCUGGGAGGCAGAGGUUGCAGUGAGCAAGAUCUCACCACUGCACUCCAGCUUGGGAGACAGAGUGAGACCCUGUCUCAAAUAAAAAAUAAAAAUAGAAAUUAAAAUUUAAAAAUUGUAAAAAGUAAUUUGUGUUAGUUGUAGAAAAUCUGGAAAAGCAAAGAGAAAAGGGAAUCCAAGAGGACUGGACUGUGCUUGCAGCUCUCCACAUGACUGCAGGAUUUCAGCAGACUUGCUCGGGUGGCAGGACUGGGUGGACCCCCCCUUGCACAGGUGGCAGCAUGGACUCCCUGCCAGUUGCAGUGGAUGGUGGGAGCUUCUGGGUGGACUCGUGAGUGUGGACAGCUGUGGGCCUUUGCUGCCUGCUUCCAGGUGCGGUUGCUUCUUCUCUAUCUGGUGUUCUGGUGGAUCUCGACUCCACUUGGCCCAAGCAGUGCAUAUUUGCUGCCCUCUUCUCCCUUGAGCUAGAUAGGGCAGAACAGCUGUUCUCAUAUCUCCACCUUGCAUUGUGGUUUUGGCAGGCAAGGGUAGGAACUGAAGUUACAGGCCUAGUCAUGGCCUCACUGCCACGAAGAGCUUGUCUGUUGCCUCUCUGUGCUUCCUGUCUCACCUCUGGCAUGAUAUUUUUUCUCCACUUUGCUGCCAUUUAGAAGAAAGGAGUAAAUCAGAUGGCUUUACCUUACUUUCACUUGUGUCGUAGCGUAAAUAAUUCCCUCUCCCCAGCCCUUUAAAUAUAUCCUGCAGUUAGAAAAGAAGGCCCUGGUAGAGAAGUGCUGGGAGCUAAGCUGCUCUAUCUAUUCCAGUCACCUGCUCCGGGAGUAAAAGCCCUUGUUGCUGCCCUCCCUCCCAGGCUGACCUAGGCAGGCUGUAUCUGUGAGUGUUUCUAGUAUAGCCUGGCCCAUUACCAACAAGGAAGCAAAUAUUCACCUCGUUUCUCCUUGGUAAUCUCAAGUAAACAGGCGUUUGUUUUAGAUGUUCUAAGAUCCAGGCCUUCCAGAAUGGCCUCAUUUCCUUACCAGAUCCUGAUGCUGGAAGAUCCUCCAGUGUAUGAAUGAAUGGACAAAGUGGGGUUGUCCCGUCAUCCACCUUCAGCCCCAGGCACUGCGCCCAGGUGCUCCUUUGUCUGAUCCUGUUGAAUGGCUACACUGGGGGCUCUCCAGCCUCAAGGUAAUAGCUGAUAAAGCAGGCUCUGAGAGCACAUGGGACAUGCCAGUGGGCAUGUGUUGAACUCAGUGGCGGAGGUGAGAUUGGAGUGUGGGAUUGUCAACUGUAUUUGCUCCUUGGAGCUAUGUUCUGAGAUGUGUGUGCAUGGCAUCAAUGCCAGGCUUAGAGAGCACAGCUGGAGAAUGGCUGCUGCUAACUCUGGCUGAGUACUUUGGCUCCAGUAUUUCCAAGUGGGUCUCAGAGAAUUGACCUUUCCUUGGUACCUGGUUGUGCUAGGCAGUGUCUUAGGCUUCUGUAGCCCCUCCCCCACGCAAUAAAUUAACUGUGUUGUAAAGAGCACUUGCCUGUCUCCACAUCAUCUCACUGCUUCUGUCCCGCCCUUGUCAUCUUCCAUGGAAAUGACUCUGGAAGUGUCCAGUUUUGGUUCUUCAGUCCAUUUUUCAAAUAUCAGCUGUUUGAUCAGCUGUGCCCUUUCUUUUUUUUAGAGACAGAAGUGGUCUUGUUAUGUUGUCUAGGCUGGUCUUGCACUCCUGGCUUCCAUUGAUCUUCCCGCCUUGGCCUCCCAAGUAGCUGGGAUUAUAGGCUGAAGCCACCAUCCCCAGCUUAGCCCCUUCUGUGGCUUCCCAUUUACCUCUCAUGAAGUUCAGACUCCUUAAGCUGGCAUGCAGGCUGUGCAGGCACAGCCCAUUUCCUGAUCCAGCUGUCUGUCUUUCUGGGUCUGCCCAGACUGUAACCCAGUCACACUGAACUUCUGUUAGUUCCCUGACCAUGUGGCUGCUUUCUUGCCUCUAUGCCUUUUCACAUUCUGCUGUGUUUUUUUUGUUUGUUUGUUUUUUGAGACGGAGUCUCGCUUUGUUGCCAGGCUGGAGUGCAGUGGCGCAAUCUCGGUUCACUGCAUUCUCCGUCUCCUGGGUUCAAGCGAUUCUCCUGCCUCAGCCUCCCGAGUAGCUGGGACUACAGGCACCCGCCACCACGCCCAGCUAAUUUUUGUAUUUUUAGUAGAGAUGGGGUUUCAUUAUGUUGGCCAGGAUAGUCUCGAUCUCUUGACCUCGUGAUCCACCUGUCUCGGCCUCCCAAAGUGCUGGGAUUACUGGCGUGAGCCACCGUGCCCGGCCCAUAUUCUGCUAUUUCUGCGUGGACCAUGAUCCUCUUUCUCCUGUCAUCUACUUUACCAGGCCGUGGCUCAGCCUUCACUUCCUGAGGGAAUUCCCCACUUUGAGUCAGCACACCUUGACUCUCUGGCUUGCCCUGACUUGACAUUAGAACUGUUGGAGGGCAAGGAUUGAGCCCAGGCCCCCACUCUUAUGUCCCCAGCACCAUACUGGGUACAGGGCAUUUUUGUUGAUGACAUGAAUGACUGGAAGAACCUCUGUGAAAAGAAAUUUAUCACACCUGUUUUUACUGAAUUAAUGUUAGCAAGGACCCAAGAGCUCCUAAUAACUCAGCCAUAUUCAAGUGCCUCCAGAGAUCAAUAGAGGAAAGGUAGUAUCAGUGGCCCCCUAUGGGGAUUCUUCCUGUUCCAUAGAUGCAAAGAUACUGCAGUAUGUGUACAAAAGAAUGAGUUUGAGGUUUUUGUUAUGCCCUUUCCUUCUUUUUUUUGUCUCAUUCUUGGCAGCUCAAAGGGUACAAAGUGGUAUCUCGCUGUGUUUUGUGUUUUUUUUUCUUUGAGACAAGGUCUGGCUCUGUCACCCAGGCUGGAGUGCAGUAGUGCCAUCUCAGCUCACUGCAACCUCCACCCACCCCAGGCUCAAGCCAUCCUCCCACCUCGGCCUCCUGAGUAGCUGGGACUACAGUUACAUGGGAAUAGGACUCUCGGCUCAAGGCGUCAACAUGAACAGACUUCCUGGUUGGGACAAACAUUCUUAUGGUUACCAUGGUGAUGAUGGGCAUUCGUUCUGCUCCUCGGGGACUGGCCAGCCCUAUGGUCCCACAUUCACCACAGGAGACGUGAUCGGCUGCUGCGUCAACCUCAUCAAUGGCACCUGCUUCUACACCAAGAAUGGCCACAGCCUUGGUAUAGCCUUCACAGACCUCCCGGCCAACCUCUACCCCACCGUAGGCCUGCAGACACCUGGGGAGAUUGUGGACGCCAACUUUGGGCAGCAGCCCUUCCUGUUUGACAUUGAGGACUACAUGCGGGAGUGGCGUGCCAAGGUCCAGGGCACGGUCCACUGCUUCCCCAUCAGUGCCCAGCUUGGCGAGUGGCAGGCAGUGCUGCAGAACAUGGUCUCAUCUUACCUCGUACAUCAUGGGUAUUGUGCCACAGCCACGGCUUUUGCUCGAAUGACUGAAACCCCAAUUCAGGAAGAACAGGCGUCCAUAAAGAACAGACAAAAGAUCCAGAAGCUGGUGCUGGAGGGCCGUGUGGGUGAGGCCAUUGAGACCACCCAACGCUUCUACCCGGGGCUGCUGGAGCACAACCCUAACCUCCUCUUCAUGCUCAAGUGCCGGCAGUUUGUGGAGAUGGUGAAUGGGACGGACAGUGAGGUCCGAAGUUUGAGCUCCCGAAGCCCCAAGUCCCAGGACAGCUACCCUGGCUCCCCCAGCCUCAGCCCCCGACAUGGCCCCAGUAGUUCCCACAUGCACAACACAGGAGCAGACAGUCCCAGCUGUAGCAAUGGUGUCGCAUCCACCAAGAGCAAACAGAACCGCAGUAAAUACCCUGCACCCAGCUCCUCAUCCUCGUCCUCCUCCUCCUCGUCCUCCUCUUCCCCAUCCUCCGUCAAUUACUCCGAGUCCAACUCAACAGACUCCACCAAGUCCCAGCACCACAGCAGUACCAGUAACCAGGAAACCAGCAACCCAUGGCUACAGCCUGAAAGGAGGCCCAACCAGGCUGCUCCAACCACACCCCCUGGGCCAACUCCCACCUCAACCCUUCCCCACAGCGACAGUGAGAUGGAGAUGGAGGCAGAGCACUACCCCAACGGUGUGCUAGGAAGCAUGUCCACGCGCAUUGUUAAUGGUGCCUACAAGCAUGAGGACCUGCAGACGGAUGAGUCCAGCAUGGAUGACGGGCAUCCUCGGCGGCAGCUCUGUGGGGGCAACCAGGCUGCCACAGAAAGGAUCAUUCUGUUUGGCCGCGAGUUGCAGGCAUUGAGUGAGCAGUUGGGCCGGGAGUACGGCAAGAAUUUGGCCCACACAGAGAUGCUGCAGGAUGCCUUCAGCCUGCUGGCGUACUCAGACCCCUGGAGCUGCCCAGUUGGCCAGCAGCUUGACCCCGUCCAGAGGGAACCUGUGUGUGCUGCCCUCAACAGUGCCAUUUUAGAGUCCCAGAACCUGCCAAAGCAGCCCCCUCUGAUGCUCGCCCUGGGCCAGGCAUCUGAGUGUCUCCGGCUCAUGGCCCGAGCAGGCCUGGGUUCUUGCUCCUUUGCCAGAGUCGACGACUACUUGCACUAGCUGACCGUGCUGGCUGGCUCUGGCUGGCCCUCUGCCGGCCCCAGGGCUGGAACUGCCCUGCCCUCCAUAGGCAGCUGGUGCAGGGACCGGGAAGCCAUGGACAGAGUCCACUCCUCCUGCCUGGCCUUUCCCCUCUCCCUUUCCUUCCUUCCUUCCUUUCUCUGCCCACCACCCCCCUCAGUCUCUCUCUCUCCCCUUCACGUGCAGCGGCCUGUGACACAGUAUUGGCUGGUUACUCUCAUGUAGCGCCUUCUAUUUUGAAAGGGGGGUUUUGUUUUGAGGAGGGGUUGGGGUUUUUAAAUUUUUUUUCUCCUGACUGAGCCACCAGUAUUUAUCUCUGGAGAGUUUGUGCUGAGCUGGUUUCUGCUAAUUUAGUGAUGAAGCCUAUCCAAGUUGGUGAUAGCUUAUUAUUUUCAUAAGUAAAAACAAAUGAGAUUAUAUAUAUAUAUAUAUAUAUAAAUAUAUAUAUUAAAAGACAGUAUUUAUCGUAGCAUUAGUGGUCCAGCACCUCUUGGGUGAGGCUGUCCAGGCACCAUGUUUCCUUUGAGUCCAACUCAUUAAAAAAGAAGAAUCUCUGUCACCUCAGCCAAGUGAUUUAUUUUUUGCUCCCCCUUUUUUGAGUCACAAGCCAAGCUGCAGCCUAGGAAACCCAAAUAGGGUUUGGUGGGCCACUUAGUGGGCAUGGUUACGUUGGUUUAUAGCACCCCAAAAACUGUGGGUCCCUAGGCCCCUGAGAGCUGGAUAGAGCAGAGAGCUACAGGGCCAAGGGUCCGGAGAAGUGAUAACUUGGCCCAGGGCCACACAGCAGAGGUAGAGGGUCCUUGGCCAGCACACUGUCUACCACUCUACCCCACCUCCCACUGCCUGCCUUGCUCCCCUUUCCUCCCUUUUCAAUACCCUACCUUCCCUUGUUGUUAAGAUGGCCAAAUAAUACAUUUACUCUAAAUUGAUUGCCUGGAAACUACCCGCCUUCAUCCUGAGAGCUUCUGUGUGUCAGGCUGCCGGAAAGAAGACUCCAUUCCCCGGACAGAGGCCCUUGAGUACAGGGGCUGCUUUCUUCCUGCCUGGAUCUUCACCAUCUCUGCACAGCUCUGAGAGAAUGGAUGCUUUCUGUUGAGAAACCAGUACCUUGUGGAGGCAAGUUCUUGGGCUGCUACUCCAGGGAGUGGACGGAAUCCUUGGUCCCCUAGGCCAGACUUCACUGCCAUUGUGCCAGACAGCUCCCUGCAGCUGGGCCCUAGCCACUCUUAGGAAAGACUGUUGGGAGUAUUUGCUGGCCAGAGGAUGGGACUCCAUCAGCUUUACAGAUGUCCCACCAGCUGUUUCAGAUAGAUCCUUACAGCUGGCAGAGUAAAAGUGGUCCCGCUACCAUUGGGGAAUCAGGAAAGACUGAGAUGGUUGCCAGGACUGGGGGUGGCCCAUCUAUGGAGAGGACUGGCUGCCCUGGAGGAGGAAAGGGAGGAAGCCUACACAGAGGAGCACCAGGACGGGCUGGAAUUUCCAUACGUGCUUCACAUUGUGAGGGGAGUGCACAAGCCACCCAUGCAAAGAGUAGGGUCAGCCAUGGCAAGGCCGGAAGUUGAACUUUCAGUCCCUGCCUGAAUCUGGGCUGUGCAAGCUCCUGCUCCAUAUUGGUGGACAUGGGAAUGGUUGGUGUGGCCUGAGAUACUCAUUGCUCACCAGGCCUCACUGGGCCCACAGCUGGGCAACAAGAAAAAUGAUUGAAUUGGACCAACUGCUGGUGAUGGGGCCAGGGUCCUGGGCCCUGUGCUUUCAGAAUUCUGCCUUGGGAAAUGAUCCUAUAGCUGCUGCUUUUUCUUGGUCCUUGGGGCUGGCAGACCCAUAGACCAUGGCCUGUUAGGAGGCGUCCUGUCUGUAAAGGAAAUUCAUCUCUUGUGACAGCCUGGGGCUACCUAGCUCCCAAACCCAGAGGUUGGAGACAUCAGGCUGUUAAAAUGAUCAUAGCCUAGCAGGAUUGGAUUAAAACCACAGGCUUUUGCAGCUGGAAUGGGGUUCAGUGAACAUCUCCCCCAUUCCUCUUCUGCUACAAAUAAGGAAACAGGCCCAGGAGAUUAAGUGACUUGGCUAAAGUCACACAGCAAAUUAGUAGCAGAGCCAGGACUAUCCUUUAUCCCUGUGGGUUGGGCAACAGUAUUUAGUCCUGAAACUGAAUGGCAGAUAAACCCCAUGAGGGGUCAGGCUGAUGUGCCCUCCAGCAGUAUCUGAGAAGCUGCUACCUUCAGGGGUGUGUCAGGGAUGAGGAUGGGUGCCUGAGCUUAGGUUGUGGAGUGGCUGAGAGGGCCCAGGAGGGCUCGGGACAGCUGUGUGCUGCAUGGGGUUGGGUGUCUGCCUGGCUCGCACUCGGUACCCAUGGCCAUCUCCCCAUUUUCUGUGCCUUAUCUUACUGUUUCAGCUGAGUCCAAGUUGUUUACUCUGUUCCUCUCCAGAGGGGCUCUCUGUCUCAGUUGGGCAGCUCACCUUUGGGACAUUAAGCCUUUGCCCCACAAGUUGUGGAGAGGGCCAAAACCAAGCUGCUUGAGCCCACUCUCUUGCUGAGAGUCCAGGCCUGCCUGCCAGCCAGAGGUGCCCCUUAUGCACAUCCAGUCCUACCAGCCUGCUUCCAGGAGCCUAGAGUGGGAAAGGCACCUGGGGGAGCCCUGGUGAAGGGCUGGACCUGACCCAUGGAGGCAGGAGGAAGACCUGACUUUCUUGGUUUGUCCGGCCCUGGGGAGCAGCCUUCCCUACUCACUUUCCCCUUGCAGCACCAAAUGGUCACUCCUUCCAGAGCAAAAACUGGCACUCAUAGCAAGCCAGAACCCCCAUCCCCAUCCACAUGGGUCUGUGGCUGGGUGGAGGCCAUCAAAAUGGACACCACGAGACAGAAUUGGGGACUGCCUGGCCACCCAGCGCCUUCCCACUCCUUCAGCAAGCACAAAGAAGAUGAGGCAGAGAAUUGUCAGAGCUGAAAGUUCCUUUGGUUGCUCACAACUCAGGUAUGCACCCGUGUGGCAGCCAGGCAGCAGAGCCCUACUAGACUGCCAGUCUCAUGCACCCAGACCUGUGGCCAGAUUGUGGCCUCUGGCUGCCUCAGGCAUUUGCCUCUUUGCAUCGGGUUUUCCUCCAUUAGUAACUACAGCUGAAACAGACAUCCUCCACAUUGUGCACACUGGUUUUGCCUUUGUCCUCAAGAGUUGAUACUUGGUAUUAGCAUGAAAUUUGUGGGUGUGGGAGGAUGGAGAGAGAACUCUAACACAAAACAUCUUAUUAAAAUUGUACUUGAGAGACAAAAAAAAAAAACUCCUGUUGUAUUUUGACAGAAUUAUUUUUAUUAAAAUACACAUCCAUGAGCAGUCA